AUGCUGAAGCGUUGGAAUAAUGAAAAACGUGUAAAUUUUUUUGUGCAUGAUGGCGAUGUCAAAAUUGUUUCUACAAUCAAAAAUACGUUCAAAGGUAUCAGAGAAUACAGAGAUCCUGGACAUUUUCUUAACAAUAUACAGAAAAAGCUCAAACUGCCAGAAUUCAGAAUCUUAUCUAGCAUUUCAAAGAAUUUAUUGCGUUGGCUUAGGCAACUUCUCAAUGACACACAUAUGUCAAUUAAAACAAAGAAGUUUUUAUGGUUGAAUUCCGCUAAACAUUAUGCCGGAAAUCAUAAAUUUUGUCCAGAUCCUGAAAAAUGCAAGAUGAUUAAACCAUGGAAAUAUGCAAAAAAUAAAACUGCUAUAAAAACACUUAAAAAAUUCCUCGAAGAUACCGUAAAAAUCUUUGAUAUGGUAAAAAAGAUUCAUUCAACUCAAGUAGUUGAAUCGAUAAACCAUAUCAAAGCAAUGCUUGCUAAUAAAAAUAUUAAUUGGCAUGCUUCUUGGCCAAUUAGGAUGGCAGUCACAAUAUUGCAUUUCAAUGAAAGUAUGUUUGAAACGAUUGUAGCAAUAAGAUACAGGUUAAAUUUACCAACAAUGCCAGAAAUGAUGAACAGAUAUUUCAGAAUGUAUGAUACAACAAAAGAUUUAAUCAAAGCAUUCAAAAAUUCAAAGCAAGUUCAAAAAAAGUUUGCGGCAUUAAGAGCUAUAAAGAGAGGUCUUCAAGCUACCGAUGAUCGUAUUACUCUUAAAUCACAUAAAUAA